UUGCCACUAGAUGGCGGGUUGACGACUUGAAAAACACAAGCGGCAUUUACCACUUUUAGCGCGAUAAAACAACAGCAACUCGUCUUACACAGCAUAUAGGAUUCAUUACUUUGUUUUAGGAUAGUGGAAGUCAUUUCAUUCGUAAUACUAGUCGUGUCGCAACAGGCCGUGUUUGUGUGUGUUUUUUUUUCUUAAAGGACCAAGUGUGGCAACUUUCUGAUUCAAAGAGAUUACUUGAGGCCGAAGCUGAGCAGAUACUACUAGCUGACUAUAGCUGAUCACAGAUUUCAUUGACUGGCCAAAGCUGACCACACGUUCAUUGACUGGCCAAAGCUGACCACACGUUCAUUGACUGGCCAAAGCUGACCACUCGUUCAUUGACUGGCCAAAGCUGACCACUCGUUCAUUGACUGGCCAAGGUGACGUCAUAGGGUCAGUUGUAUAUACAUGGACGAGAAAAAACAAUUGAUGGAAAGGGGCUAUAACCCGGAUACAUACAGCGCUCACCCGUACCAGCAUCGAGUUAUGGUUCUUGCUGUUCCAAACGAAAGGGACGUUGCGCCCAACUGCUUAUUUCGGCUGGUACACAGGCUAGGUCAAGGUCACAGCGGAGACGCAUCUUGGCCUGGACCCUGGUGUUCGCCGUGUUUAUCUUCAUGCUGACCUACAACCACCAGCCCUCGGUCCUCUCACACUCCGAGCCCAGCGCUGACCUCGGCAACGAAGUCCUUAACCUUGACUCCAGGAAAGAUUUUAAACUGCUGGACAUCAAGGACACCAAGGACACCAACGCCAACAACAAGCUCAAGUUCCUCAGCGAGAACGGGGAGGAGGAGGGGGACGAGAACCCGCCGGACCUCAGGUCAGACCUGGCCCCGCCCAUCGUCCACGUCCUGUGGUGCGGGGUCAAGCGGUUCGAGUUCCGGCACUACCUCAGCAUCAAGCGAGCCAACUUCAUCAUCAAACCCGACAAAAUCAUCUUCCACUACCAGGACCUGCCCGUGUCGGACCACGAACAGUACUACACCUGGUUCAACAAAACCCUCACUGAAAAUGAUCACGUUCUCUUGAAGAAAAUCAACACCACAACCUGCCCUGAAUCAGGCGCGGAGAGAUACAUGCUUGUCUUGAGUAUUCUGGAAUAUUUUGGCGGCAUCUACGUACCGGAAGACGCCAUUCUAGUAGACUUCCCUGUCCACUUGCGGGCAGCGCAGUUCGUGUCCGGGGUUUACCCCAAGAGCUUGUCCGAGUAUCUAGACGGCAUUAUCGUGGCCAAGAGAAACGGCUUCAUCAGCCCCUCUAGUCAGACCGGCCUCAACGUAGUGCUAGCCUCAGGCAGGUCCAAGGCUCAAGGCACCAUCGAGCCUUGUGGUUCACCCCACGACUACAACACUGGCCAAGGUGAAGGUAACCUCAUCUGUGUCAAGGUCACGGAGGAGAUCUUCCCAGCAGACAUCUGGGAUGCGGACACGAACUUUGCCCUACUGUGUCGGGUGGCGGGCUAUGGCAUGAAGACGAUACAGCGCACAUUCAACAGCCGGACCUCCAUCCCAAAGAUCGGACAUUACAUCUGUUGGGAUUGUGAGCUCAAGUUCAGCACAUACAUCAGUGUCCUCAGUGCUUUAAAUAUCGCAGGCUUAUCUAAGGUGUACGUACACGGCAUCAAGCAGCCGACGGGUCUAUGGUGGAACAAACUACUGCUCACACAGAGGGUCAUACACGUGUACCGGGAAUACCCGGAGACGUCACAAGACAGGUCCACCAUGACACAGGAGCUGGCACAAGCCAUAAUGCGGGUAUCGAUACUGCUGAAGUAUGGCGGUGUGUACUGUGACAGCAAGGUUAUCUGGACCAAUACGAUACCGGAAGAUUAUUUCUCAUACGAUGCAGUAGCCUCCCCUGACUGGCUGAGUUACGGGUCCUGGCCUGACUCCAUCUCUCACACCACCAUCAUGGCCAAGAAAAACUCGGAAUAUCUUUUCAAGUUAAGGAACCUGCACUCUCAGCGACACAAGGAGAGGUUCUGGUUCGUCGAUCAGUUUCUUGCCUAUAAGAUAUUAGAGGAAAACCCGGAUGUUCUAUUUUUAGAUCGGCACUUCCAAGUGAAAUGCCUGAAUCAAAAUUGUCACCCAACCUGGCAACCCGACUACAAAGCUUCAUUUAACGAUAACCCACCAGGCGCCAGGUUCGAGUGGCAGAACGAGACGCUGAGCGUGUACUGGGACGUCUUCCCCGAGCUGGAGCUGGACACGGUCAAGUACACCAGCGGUCCGGUGGUCGACGCCGCCAGACGGGCGCUCUACAGGUCCGGCGUCACCAUUCAGGACCUGUCUAGUCGGUGAUCUUGGCCUGAGUCGUAAGAGACAAGAACCCAGGCAGCUUCAGAUAUCAGAAUUGAUGGGGUGACCGUCAGCUGUAGACAUCAACACAAGGACACUGCCAGCUGUAGACAUCAUUUACUAGAGUCAUUACCACGGGUGACAUUCAAAUAUUGAUUCUAAACAUUGUCAACAUCAUCAACUGUUGCUAACGGGAGCGACCGACAUCAACAGCUGUUGCUAUUAGCAACAAACGACAACAUCAACUGAUGCUAAAGUAACGAAUGACAACACUACCUGCUGCUAAUAGUAAAAAUGACAUCACUUAUGUAUUAAUAUAUAUAUAUAUAUAUAUAUAU